AUGUCCCCGAUUUUGUACGCUGUUGGUAAGAUAUUCGAUAAAUUCACCGACAAUUUUAUUUAUUACAUUAUGGGGUUUAUCGCCAUUUUACAAGUUUUAAUGAUUUUAUUGGUUCCCACUGUGAUUUUGCCCUUGUUUAAUAAAUUCACGCCAUUAGAAGACGGUGAAUUGAAAACCAAGAUUGAAGAUUUGGCACGUAAAUUGAAAUUUCCAUUGGAUAAAAUUUUUGUCGUUGAUGGCAGCAAAAGAUCUAGUCACUCAAACGCUUAUUUUACCGGUUUGCCAUUUUUCAAACAAAGAAUUGUUAUAUUUGAUACAUUGAUCGAACAAUCCAGUGUUGAUGAAGUUGUUGCCGUUCUAGGUCAUGAAAUUGGGCAUUGGAAAAAAAAUCAUAUUAUACAAUUGUUGCUUGUUGGUCAAUUCCAUAUAUCAGUUAUUUUCCCUCUAUUUUCUGCGGUUUAUCAGAACAAAUCACUAUACAAGAGCUUUGGUUUCAACAUUGAAUCAGCAACUGGUCAAAAAUCAGUUGGGAAAAAAGUGUUUUUGAAUAAUAAAUUCCCUUAUUUAAUUGGGUUUUCUAUCUUUGGCGAAUUAUUGAAACCUAUGGAUUGUCUUGUCCAAUUUAUUAUGAAUUUAUUUAUUAGACAUAACGAGUAUGAGGCUGAUGCUUUUGCUACUAAGUUAGGCUAUGGUAAAGAACUAAGCCAAGCCUUGAUCACUUUACAAGUUGCUAAUUUAAGUAGUAUGCAUGUUGAUCCAUUGUAUCCUAGCUACCAUUAUAACCACCCAACUUUAAUAGAACGUUUGGAUGCCAUUGAAGCCGAAAUUGUUAAAUUAGAAAAGAAGAACUAG